UGCUGCUCAAGAAACAGACGGAAGACAUCAGCAGCGUCUAUGAGAUCCGGGAGAAGCUCGGCUCGGGCGCCUUCUCUGAGGUGGUGCUGGCCCAGGAGCGGGGCUCCUCACACCUUGUCGCCCUCAAGUGCAUCCCCAAGAAGGCCCUUCGAGGCAAGGAGGCCCUGGUGGAGAACGAGAUCGCAGUGCUCCGCAGGGUCAACCACCCCAACAUCGUGGCUCUGGAGGACGUCCAUGAGAGCCCUUCCCACCUCUACCUGGCCAUGGAGCUGUGAGGAGGGCAGGGGCAGGCUCGGGUGGCCGGGGCUGGGUGGUGAGUGGGGGGCCGAUGAGGCUGAAUUAGCUGAGUCCCCCACUCCCCCUAGGGUGACAGGGGGCGAGCUGUUCGACCGCAUCAUGGAGCGUGGCUCCUACACAGAGAAGGAUGCCAGCCACCUAGUGGGCCAGGUCCUCGGUGCUGUCUCCUACCUGCACAGCUUGGGCAUCGUGCACCGAGACCUCAAGCCUGAAAACCUCCUCUAUGCCACGCCCUUUGAGGACUCCAAAAUCAUGGUCUCCGACUUUGGCCUCUCCAAAAUCCAGGCUGGCAACAUGCUAGGCACCGCCUGUGGGACCCCCGGAUACGUGGCCCCGGAGCUCUUGGAGCAGAAACCCUACGGGAAGGCUGUGGAUGUGUGGGCCCUGGGUGUCAUCUCCUACAUCUUGCUGUGUGGGUACCCCCCUUUCUACGACGAGAGCGAUCCUGAACUCUUCAGCCAGAUCCUGAGGGCCAGCUACGAGUUUGACUCUCCCUUUUGGGAUGACAUCUCAGAAUCAGCCAAAGACUUCAUCCGGCACCUUCUGGAGCGAGACCCCCAGAAGAGGUUCACCUGCCAGCAGGCUUUACAGCAUCUUUGGAUCUCUGGGGAUGCGGCCUUUGACAAGGACAUCCUGGGCUCAGUUAGUGAGCAGAUCCAGAAGAAUUUUGCCCGGACCCACUGGAAGCGAGCGUUCAAUGCCACCUCCUUCCUGCGCCACAUCCGCAAGCUGGGGCAGAGCCCAGAGGGUGAGGAGGCCUCGGAGAGGAGGAUGGCCCGCCACAGCCACCCUGGCCUCCAGUCCGGCCAGCCCCCCAAGUGGUGAUGCCCAGG